GCAGUAGUUCUUUUGCUCCCCAGCCGACAACUAACUAACCCAACCCAGCUUGUCAGUCAGCCAGCCAGUCCCGACUCACACUCCUAAACCCAAUCAACCAUGGAUCACCUCUCGCCAUUGCCGCACCUCUAAUAUAUAUACUCCUCACCCACCACCAAGAGACCUCCUCCCCUCUCAAUUCCCUAAAAAUCCUUCUCACCUCAACACUCUUGCUUCCAUCCAUGGCGGUGAAGGACUGCGGCGGGCACAAGGGCUUCGGAACCGGCAGCGGAGCCUGCGAGUGCCACCGCGACAAGCUCUACCGCAAGCUCCUCGCCUUCCUCCUCGCCCUCAUCCUCCUCACAGCCUUCAUCAUCCUCAUCGUCUACCUCGUUCUCCGCCCACACAAGCCCAAAUUCUACCUCCAAGACCUCUCAGUCCUCUGCCUCAACGUGACACCCCCAACCUCCGCCUACCUCUUCACCACCAUGCAAACCACGGUCGCCGCCGUCAACACCAACGACCACGUCGGCAUCUACUACGACGCCACCGACGCCUACGCCGAGUACAAGGGCGUGAUGAUCACGGUGCCGACAAGCCUCCCCGUGGCGUACCAGGGCCACAGGGACCAGUCAGUGUGGUCGCCGUAUCUCCGGUCUUUCGACAGCGGGGUUGCGCUGCCGCCGGUGCUCGCCGUGGCGCUGGCGCAGGACGAGACGGCGGGGUAUGUGCUUGUGAAUGUUAGAGUGGAUGGGUGGAUUAGAUGGAAGGUUGGGACUUGGAUUUCGGGGCAUUAUCAUUUGAGGGUGAAUUGUCCGGCGUUGCUUACUGUUAAUGGGGGCAAAGGGAGCUAUGGUGAUGUUGCUGGUGGUGGCGAUGGGUUCUUCCGGUUCCAGCAGGCCGCCGCCUGCACCGUCGACGUUUGAUCGGUCAAGAAUUUAUUCUUCUUUUUCUUCUUCUCCUUUUUUUGAUCAGGAUCGUUUAAAAUGUAUGAAUUGAUAUAUAUAUACUUCUGAAGCUUCGGUUCCUCUGCU